CAUAACCGCAACAGAACACAACAUCUUUUUAAUUAUUGGUCUUUAAGAGUUUUCUGAGAAUGACUUGGGAAACUAGUAAUACUGUCUUAGUAACUGGCGGCGCUGGAUAUAUUGGCUCUCACACUGUAAUUGUCUUGUUGGAAAAGGGAUACAACGUCGUCGUUGUUGAUAAUCUAUGCAAUUCCAGAUAUGAGGCCAUCAAGCGAAUUCAAAAGUUGACAGGAAGAGAUCUUAUUUUUUAUAAGGUGGAUUUGUUGAAUGAGAAAGACUUAGAAGAGGUCUUUGCGAAACACCCCAUUUCCUCUGUUAUUCACUUUGCAGGUUUAAAGGCUGUGGGCGAAUCUGUAAAGAUUCCUUUGACGUACUAUAAGAAUAAUAUUACUGGCACUGUUCACUUGUUGGAAUGCAUGAAGAGACAUAAUGUGAGAGAUUUUGUUUUUUCUUCUUCUGCAACCGUAUAUGGUGAUCCUACUCGUCCUGGUGGAACGAUCCCUAUUCCUGAAACCUGUCCUCGUGAAGCUACCAAUCCCUACGGAAAAACAAAGCUCUUCAUUGAAAAUCUUAUCGAGGAUGAGAGCAAAGCUUCCGGAUCACUCAACGCCGCCCUUCUUCGUUACUUCAAUCCAGGAGGUGCUCACCCAACCGGAGAAUUAGGUGAGGACCCUUUGGGUGUUCCGAACAAUCUCAUUCCUUACAUUGCGCAAGUCGCAGUUGGUCGUCGGGAAUAUUUGAGCGUUUAUGGUAAUGAUUACCCAACCCCCGAUGGAACACCUAUUCGAGACUAUAUUCACGUUUGCGAUCUCGCAGACGCUCACGUUGCUUCAUUAGCCUAUUUGCAACGUAAUUAUGUCGGAUGCCGUGCCUGGAACUUGGGUUCUGGUACUGGCAGCACUGUAUUGCAAAUUCAUCAUGCCUUUUCCAAGGCAAUGGGAACCGAACUCCCUUACAAGAUUACUCCUAGGCGAGAUGGGGAUGUUGUCAAUUUGACAGCCGACCCUAAGCGUGCUAACGAAGAGCUUGAUUGGAAGACCAAUCGAAGCAUUGAUGAAAUUUGUGCUGAUGUUUGGAAAUGGCAGCGUAAACAUCCAUAUGGAUUUGACUUUUACAAGGCAAAUGACAAUUCCAAAUAAGUGUCAAUGUAUAAUGAAGACAAAGGAAAAGGUUGUGAUUGAAAUCUUCUAUCAGCUUAUUUCUUAUAAUUAUCACUCUUUACUGAAUUUUUUCCUGUUUAUACUAUUAAUUAUUUAAUUCGCGACUUAGCCAUGGUGUUUUAUGGGCUUUUGUUUCUAUUUUCUGUCGGACUAAUGUACGUGUUUCUACACUCGUUUUGACAUAAUGUACUAAUAUUGUGUCUGAUUGUACUUCCUUAAUCCUUUCAUUAGGAAUUUGUCUUUCUUCUAUUUCUUUUAUUUUAUCUUUAUUUUUUGAACGAAAAAAGCUAAUGCGUGCUUGCAUUCGCCAACUGUCUUUCAAUAAAUUAAUAAUACCAGCCGCAUAUUGAUUAGGUCUGGUCAUUUCUAUUUUUAUAUUCUUUUUAUAAUUAUUUUUUGUUUCCUAAAGCUGUCUCUUCUUUCUUUGAGUAGUUUUGAUUUGCAAGUAAAAAAAGAAUAAAAAAUAAAAAGUAAAACACCUCAGUAACAAAAAUGAUUCAUUUAAAUCAAUGAAAGAUGUAUAGCUA